UUCACUGUCAUCGUGUGUGUUUGUCAAAGUUUUGUUGACCUAAGUUAGCCAAAAGUUAACUUUUUUGUUUAGUAAAUCUUUUUUAUUGUCAUAAUUAUUUAAAAAUCCAAAUUAAGAAGCUUUGUCUUGUUUAUUUUUUUUUACUAAAGUGAGAUGGGAAAGUCAACGCUAGUUGAUGGCGAUAAUAAUCCAACAUCGGCGGAAUCUGAUCCCGCUAAAUUAUUGGAGGCAGCCCUUCUCCAGAUGGAUGGUAUUAUAGCCGAAGCGGGUGGCACCGCUGCGGGGGCGACAACGCCGAGCGGGCCAGGGCGAGCUGCGCGGGCGCGGGCAUUGGAACUGGCACAGCAGCUGGCCUCCUCAUUGCAGCAUGCUAUACCCCCGCCUCCCCGACCUGACUUUACCACCGCAAGCGCGAUACUACGAUGGCUGCAGCAGAACAACAACUCCGUAGCCCUGGUAUUGAUAAAGAUUACUCAUGUGGAAGACGGUUAUUUGAACGACAGCAAAUGGGAAACUUAAUUACGAAAUAAACUUGGCUGACCUGAUUUGUGUGUUCUAAGAAAGUGGAUUUAUUUUUCCUUGUACAACUUAUAAAUUGACUUACUUCUGUUACCAAGAGGACGAAAAAUGGUUGUUUAUUGAAGAGUUGAUCUGUACACGUUAUUUUCAAUACGGUAAUCUAUUCUUCUUUAUACUAUAAAAUGCGAAAGCGCUUCUGACGUGCCGUCACAAUGGUUCCUGCAUUUAAUAUUUCA